AUGAGCGAUAGAAAGAGUCGCAAUGCAGCUCGUGAAAUGACCGAUGACAGGGUUAGAGGAGUUGUCAAAUGGUUUAACGUGAAGGCUGGAUAUGGCUUCAUUACUCGGUCUGAUACCUCAUCCGACAUAUUCGUGCAUCAAACAGCUAUUUCGAGAAAUAACCCAGGGAAAAUGCAGCGCUCCCUUCAGGAAAAUGAAGAAGUUGAAUUUUUUGUUGUUGAGGGGGACAAAGGUGUAGAGGCCUCCGAUGUCACUGGGCCUGACAGAAGGCCGGUGAAGGGUAGUGCGUAUGCGGCGGAUCGUCCUUACGGGCGAAGUCCCAGGGAGUAUGGAGCGCGCGGUGAUAGAAAUGACUCAAAUGGUUAUAGAAGUAAUGGGUUUGGAUCGUAUCGUGGAAGAGGUAGAGGUCGCGACGGGGCCAGGGCUGGUGGUGAUUUCUCAAGGAGAUUUGAAGAACGCAAUCCACGGGAUCGUAGUCGAGGAUAUGGUGUGAGGGACAAUGGUGGUUAUUACUCCAGCCCAUAUUAA